GACACACACAGUGACAGAGAGACACACACACACACACACACGCAGGUGCAGCCGCAGAGACCACCCACACGAGAGGACAUGGACGGAGACUGGGAUGAAAUCAGACGGCUCGCCGCCGACUUCCAGAGAGCGCAGUUUGCCAGUACAAUGCAAAGGCUGUCUGAGCAAAACUGCAUUGAGAUUGUUGCUAAGCUUACAGAAGCCAAACAACUGGAUGUGGUACACACACUGGAUGGUAAGGAGUACAUCACUCCAGCUCAGAUCGCCAGAGAAAUACGAGAUGAGCUCUAUUUUCAUGGAGGUAGAAUAAACAUUGUGGAUCUACAACAAAUUCUAAAUGUGGAUUUAAUGCACAUCGAAACCAAAGCAAAUGACAUUGCGAAAAUGGAGAAAAGCAUCCAGCUCAUCCUGGGACAGCUGAUUGAUGAAAAUUAUCUGGAUCAGAUGGCUGAAGAAGUAAAUGACCGACUACAAGAAGCUGGGCAGAUAACCAUAUCAGAGCUCUGUAAAACAUAUGACCUCCCUGUUGAGUUCAUUACAGAGGCUUUGUCACAUCGCCUAGGUAAAAUUAUAAAUGGGCAGUUGGAUUGUUAUGAUCAAGGAGUCAUCUUCACUGAUGCUUUCGUUGCUCAACAUAAGGCACGUAUUCGUGGACUUUUCAGUGCAAUUACCAGGCCAAUACCAGUGAGCACUUUGAUAACUCAUUAUAAAUUUCAAGAACGUCUUCUUUACUCCUUUUUGGAGGAGCUUCUAACCAGUGGACGAUUGAAUGGAGCAGUGAUUGGUGGCAGACAAGAUAAGGCAAUUUAUAUUCCUGACAUCUACUCGAGAACACAGAAUAACUGGGUGGAUUCUUUUUUCAAGCAGAAUGGCUACUUGGAAUACGAUACUUUGAGCAGAUUGGGAAUCCCUGAUCCGAUAAACUACAUAAAGAAACGGUACAAAUCGACGCCACUGACCUACUUAAAAGCAACUUGUGUUGGACAUGUGAUUGUGGAUCAGGUUGAGGCCUCAGUGGAGGAGGCUCUCCGAUCAGACACAUGGGUGGAUAUACAGUCUUUGUUGCCCACUUCAUUCUCGGUGGAAGAUGCCUCAAUCUUGUUGCAACAGGUGAUGAGAACGUUGAAUAAACUGUCCAAUUCCAUGAUUUUCGUUGACACUUUUGUGGUCAGUGAGCAGUUCAUCAGGAGCUGUGCCGCUCUGUUUGAGCAGAUCAUGCAACACAAAGCCGAAAAGGAGGUGCAGAAUAAUCACGCUCAUGUGUUCACCGAGGAAGAUCUGAAGCAGGCAGCUAUUAUUGCAGAUAGCAUGAUCUCUGUUAAAAAGGACAAGCGAGAUGAAAGGAAGAAGAAGUCAACCGAGGGCACUGGAAGUAUCCGAGCAGGAGGUGGUGGUAGCCGAGAAAUCAGGAUCAGAAAAAGCAAAAAGAGGGGAAAAAAGGAAGAGGACAGCGAUGAAGAGACUCCUUCAAUAGCAUCAAGUAAGAACAAACAGAAAGAGAUUCGUUUCAUGACCCAAGAAGAAAUUGAAGACGUUUUGAAGAAUCGGCUUGAGGACUGUCCAGAGGAACUAAUAACUGAACUGGCAGCACAUUUAAUCAGACCUCUGAGUAAAAGCUAUCAGGAGGUAUUGCAUUCAGUGUUCCUGUCCACAUCCACUGCUGGUUCAGGAGCAAGCAGAAAGAAGACUGUAAAAGAACUGCAGGAAGAAGUCUCCAACUUUUACAACAAUAUAAGGUUAUUCGAGAAGGGAGCCAAACUCUUUACAGAUGACACGCAAGUACAGCUAGCAAAACAUGCUCUGAAGACGAUCUGCACAGAUAUCACCAACCUCAUUUUCAACUUCUUGGCUGGAGACUUAAUGAUGUCAGUAGAAAACUACAACACCAUAACCCCUGAGAUCCGAUUGAAAAUGUUGUCAAAAUUUCCUGACGAAAGCAGAAGUUCUCUUACAAAGCUCCAUAAUUCCCUAAAUGGCAAAAGUACAGAAGAAUUUUUUGUAGUGCUGGAUGGUGCAGCAGAAAUCUGUGGAAUUAUGCUCAAAAAAGGAGAUAAAAAGAAAGAAAGGCAAGUGAUCUUCCAGCACAGACAGGCAUUAAUUGAACAGCUUAAGAUAACCGAGGACCCGGCACUGGUUCUGCAUCUGACAUCAGUUCUGCUGUUCCAACUAUCUACACACAACAUGCUUCAUGCCCCUGGCAGAUGCGUGCCACAGCUUAUCACUUUCCUUCUUACCAAGAUUCCUGAGGAUCAGCACAAAGUCCUGGUGAAAUACCAAGGUCUGGUAGUAAAGCAGCUGGUGGGCCAGAAAAAAGGAGGUCAAGGUGAUGAGGAGUCUGGAGAUAGCCAUAGAGUCGAGGGGGAAGGUGAAAACGAGGUGGAGCUCGGUCGCAAAGAACUGCAGGAAUUAACGCCGUUCAUCAAAGACCUUGUUCUGAAACCCAGAAAAACAUCUGUGACGGAAGAAUGAAAUGCUGAGUGGAAUCUCGAGGAGCGGCCCUUGUGCUUUACAAUAAAGAUUUCGCAUUUUUGCAAACGCUUUUAUUUUAAAAUGCUGUACACAUCUUAAACACAAGAUAAAAUGUUGUGGUGGAAUGUACUGUAUUUUACGGAAGAAAUGUUUAACACAAAAGGGAGGGAGAGAGUUGGGAGUACAGUAGAGCAUUGUUAUAAUGCAAUAGUUAAGGCUCUAAAAAAUCCUGAUCUGCGUUUCCACAUCUUGAUGUCAAUUGCGAAUAUGCGCAGAAAAGACAACUGGCUUCUAGCUCUAAUAAUUGCCGCAUGUGCAGCUCGCAAGAGGUGACUUCAGCAGUGACUUGAUGACCUGGAAGUCAGCCAUUUUUUAACAGUUGAUCGUGGGUCCACAUGGCACCUACAAUGUAAGCAAAUCCGUGUUAUAACAGCACUCUACUGUAUCUAUCUUUGAUUUCUGAUUUUGUUGAAAGAUCUCAUUGCGGUUACCUAUUAACAUGACAAGAUUUCAAUCAAAUGUAUUUGAAUCUAUUGUAAAUUGUAAAUGUAUAUUUACGAACCUACUACGGUUUUCGAGAGUACAUCUACGUUCAGAGCCUUAAGACCAAGGUCUUUUAAAAUUUAAGGUGAAUUUAAUUUUGAAGGCAGGAUUCCACAAUUCUUAACAUAAACUGUUGGACAUUUUUUUUAGCGAGCUAUGUCCAGAAUGGUUUCAAGAAAGUUGUCGUAAAUCUCAAAAUGGUAUUUUCUUAAUUCAUAAAAUGUUUCCAUAGAUUCUGUUUGUUGUUUUCAGAUUGUUUAAAGGACCGUUUUUGUGGACAUGUGUGCCUCAAUUGAAGUGUACCUCAGUGCUAGGAAUCCCUGCCUUAAAACUUAAAACUUAAUAACUGCUGAAGUUACCUGAGAGCAGAGUUGUGACCGUUCAUGAAAGAAAUUGUCACCAUUUUGAGUCUUGCUAUAAUCCUAGAAACCUGGUUUAUAAUUUUCAUUUUCUUAAAAAUUGUAAAACCAAAGUUUCUAAUUUGCGUAUUUUUAAAUGCAUAGUUGCUUUAAUGCAGGAUACUGCAUUAAAUUGUUUCCUUUCUUUAAUUGGUUCUGUGUCAUACCGCUUCGCUACUGAAGAAGUAAAGUGAAUGUUGUAUUUCCCAGCUUCUUCCCUUCUGCAUUUGACCACUAGUGAAGGACUAGGAGUUCUUGAUUUGCGACACUCCCAGGAUUCUUCUUUCCUCUUCCCACUCUGAUGAAAGUGUGCUCUAUGUCUCUUCCAGACAUUUUGGCUUAACACAAUAUAGUAUAGUUUUAGUUAGUGCCUGUACUAGAUUGGUGCACUCUUGUCUGUAAACUACUGCAAUCUAAGGCUUAGCAGUUGAUUUGGUACCCUGAUGCACACUGCAAUUCUGAAUAGAAUCCAAUUGUUUUCUGUGUAUAACUGUAACUGUAAUUAUACACAGUGUUGCAGAUAAAAGAAAUUGCAACACUUGCAAUCAUCAUAUUGGAAACAUGGUAUUUCAAAAGCAUUUCCCUAUGUAAAAGGCAUAAAUGAAAUUGAAACAUCACUUUAUAACAGUGUGUGUAGUACAUUCGCAAUCCCUUUCAGUAAAGGUUAGCAGAACAUGCUACAGAAACGGUAUGCUGCUGUGAAUGAUUCAAAGCACCUGGUAAUAAUCAUUCAUCGUACCAAAAAUAUUUAAUUUAAGCAUAACAUGUUCCCUUUUUAACUUGGGAAGAUUUAUUUUUGUUCAAAAGGCAAUCAGAAUGAAAAGGAAUUCAAAAAUUUUCUCACCAGUUUUUUUUUCUCUAUGCACAUUUGCAAGGGAAUGAAUUUAUGUUUUGUGUGAUCAUAUGUGAUUUAAAAUAGAUUUGUGUAUUUACUAUGAUUUGAUUCACUGCUACAUUCUGCGGUAUUGUAGUUUUUCAUUAGUUUCAUGUACUGUGUACAAUAAGUACAUUUGGGAUUGUAGAAAUCUGGUCUGUAUAAAUGUUUGUGAUUUGUGUAGCAGUCAUUUGUGACUGGUUUAUUGACUGGGAGUCUCGUUUGACUCCCAAAAUGUAAUUGGACGUAUUACUAAAAAACAUAGAAAUUUACAGCACAAAAGAAGACUAUUUAGUCUAUCGUGUCUGUAUUGGCUCUUUGAAAGAGCAAUCCAUUCGGUUCCAUUUACCAGUUUUUCCUCCAUACCCCUGCAAAAUACUCACUUUUAGGCAUCUAGUUCCCUUUUGAAAGUUAACAUGCAUUCUGUCUCAACCGCUACACCUUGUUGGGCAUUCCACAUCCAAACAACACCGUAAAGAAAUCCCCAUAAUCUUCCCAUUUGCUCCUUUGCUAAUUGCCCAAAAUUGAUGCCCUCGAACCACUGAUGCACCCAUUUGUAAAAAUAAUUUCUCCCCAUUGACUAUCAAAACCUUGUCAUAAUUUUAAAGACGUUUAUGAAAAUACACCCAGUUCCUCCAGUCUGUGUUCAUAGGUAAAGCCACUGAUUCCUUGUAUAAUAUAGUAAAUCUGCACCCUUUAUGGUCUAGGCAUAAUAAAGUAGUCUGACCAAAACUGGACACCAUACUCUUAACUGUGGUCUAGGUAACAAUUUAUCCAGAUUAAGGAUCACCUCUUCACUUUUAUUGAUAAGACCUAUAAUCUCAUUAGUUUUCAACACAGCUUUAACCCACUUUUAAAGAUUUUGUGUAUCUUGAAAGUGUUUGGCAUUUGUUAGUUACUUGAUUCAGAACAGAAAAUUGUGAUACAAGGUUAGAGAAACUUGUUUUCUUUACACAGUAUUCAAUUGCACAUGGUAGUGAUGUGAUAAUCCUUGUAUUUGUAUUGCACCUUUAAUGUCAGGAGGCCAUCUCAUAGUACUUUGUGUGAUUUAUUGUAAAAACAAGUGUAGUGACUGUAUUUUGAAGGCAAACAUAGAUUGGAAAAAUGUCUUGACCGGUAGACUGUCCUGUUAUCCUGACGUGUUUAAAACUGACUGAUAAUUGGGUGUUAUCUGAAGAUUAAUAAUUUCUGGCUUUGUUAUAACAUUAAAUUAAAAAUAAAGUUAAAUUUGAGCUUUG